AGAGAUGGGCGAGGUCGCUGGUACUCACAGGAUCACCCUCUAGACCAACGUCAGGAUGAGCUUGAGCUGCGGCGACAACAGGAAGUGGAGUUUCAGGCACGGUACCGUAGUGACCCAAACCUUGCCCGAUACCCAGUGAAGACACAACCAAGUGAAGAAACCAUGAGGAUGUUAGCUCAGGUAGGCAGGGUCCGCCACCAGCGCCGCCACAGCGAUGUUUCCCUGGCAACCGCAGAGCCUGACCACCUCACCAUGAGGCAUUCAGCCUCCUCCUUGUCCUUCAUGGCGUCCAGGCGGACCUGUGAGUGA